ACUUGUUUAGUUGUAUUACAUUAUUAUUCUCUCUGCUUAUAUAUUAUUUUGCAGCUAGCUGGAAUUCUACUAGACACACAGAAUCUAAAGGCUUCUGCAUCCGUAUCAAUGACAAGAGAUGCAGAAGCAGUUCAAUUGCUAUUGGUUCGCUCAGCCCCAAACUACAGAUAUGCUCUAUUUGAUCAAUUGCUACAAGACCAAAAAUCUACUUCUUUUGUGGAAGCUUUGAACUUUAACUAUGGGAAACCUUAUGAUCAAAGUGACAAGAACAGCGAAGGAAACACGGAGCAUAAAUUUCGAGAAAGAAAAUCAAGCUCUAAGUCUAUAUCUGACAGAGAAACCAUGUUGUCAAGUACAAAAACGAAUUCCAGCGACACAAAAAGCGUCAAAAGUAACAUGGUUUCACCAAGAACAGCCAAACUUAUUACGCCACCUUCACGAUCUCCUGCUCCAGUAUCAGCACCAGCGCCAGCACGUGUUGAAAAGGAAUCCAAUUUUCGCGGGAAAAACACCUCCUUCUUGGCAAGGUGGUUUGGUUUUGGAAAAUAAUAUAAUUAAAUCCUAUUCUAUUUCUAAAGGCAGCUCAAUUUUGCAAUAUUAGAACAAGAGAAAAAAAAGUUGUCUUGCCAUUUUCAUGUUUAAUCAAUUUGGAUUUGGAAUUGGAUUUGUUGGACUUAAUUGAAGUUCCUUUUAUAACAUGUACUAACACAAGAUUAUUUAAAAUUCUGCAGGGCAGUGAUAAAAACAAUGGAGCUCAUCAUAAUGGAUGAUCAUACUACUCAUGAAAUUUGAUAUUUUGUAACUAAGUAUAUAAAAGAAGUAGAUAUGUGACACUUGUUGGAAUUGCAAUUCUUAUUUACUUGUUAUGACUUUAC